GAACUUUUAGAUAAAAAAUAAAAAUAGUUUAAUUUGAGAUAAAAAUGAUGCAAAGAAAUUAGUUAGUCACGAGUAAAAAUGAAGCGUGUUUUUACCAUCCCUACAAGAGUUCAUGGAGGUAAAAAAGUUAUUAUGUCAUGGCAGACUCAGCAAGGCAACUUUCUAGCAAUUACAGGUUCAACUAAACUGGUUACAAUUUAUGACAGGCAUGGAGAGUUAAAAGAUGAAUUUGUAUUACCAGGAGUUUGCACUGGGUUAUGUUGGGAUAAAAAUGGCGAUAUACUUGCAGUAGGAAAUGAAAAAAAUGGUGUUUUGUUUUUGUGGAAUGCCACUACAAUGAAAUCAACUCAAUUGGAUACCGGUUUCAAGGAUUCAGUAUCUUACUUGAUAUGGUCAAAAGUUUCUCAAAUAUUAGCUGUGGGUACUUCUAUGGGAAAUCUUUUGCUUUAUAAUCACCAGAAUUCAAGAAAAAUUCCAAUAAUUGGCAAGCAUGUAAAAAAAAUUAUUUUUGGUUGUUGGAAUGCUGAGAAUAUGCUUGCUCUUGGAAGUGAAGAUAAAGUCAUUACAAUUAGCAACAGUGAUGGUGAUACUAUAAAACAGACUACAACUAGAUUAAAUGCAGAAAUUCCACAGUUCUCUUUCAUGAAAACCAACGAGCGAAGUUCUGGAGAGACAACUCUAAGUUUAACAAUAGGUCAUCGUUCAUUACUUCUUCUCAAUCUUGCUGAUCUAGACAAUCCAAUUGAAUUGGCGUUCCAAUCUCGCUAUGGCAAUAUUGUUAAAUACAGAUGGUUUGGUGACGGUUAUAUUAUGCUUGGAUUUUCCACUGGAUAUUUAGUUGUUGUUUCAACACAUCCUAAAGAGAUAGGUCAGGAACUCUUUCAAACACAAGAUCACAAAGAAGAACUAAACGAUAUAGCAAUAUCACUAUCUCUAAAGAAAGCUGCAUCUUGUGGUGAUAACGUAGUUAAAAUCCAUGAAUUAAAUGACUUGAAGGAGAUUUUUGCAAUAAUUACUGUAGAAGAUGCAGGAGGUAGUCUUGACAAAGUAGAAUGGACUGAAGAUGGUCAACUGCUUGCAGUCAGUACCCAGAAAGGAGCAAUACAUGUGUAUUUGACAAUGUUACCAAUUCUUGCUGAUACAUACAACACACGAAUUGCUUACUUAACAUCUUUGAGAGAGAUAACAGUAGUUGAUGAAAUAAACAAGGAAUCAUUCAGUAUUACUACUGAUGUUGAACCAAACUUUUUAGCUAUUGGCCCUUGUCAUCUUGCAUCAGGAAUGAAUAACCGUGUAUGGUUUUAUUCUAUAAAUGAAGAAGGUUGUGUACUAUUAAAUGUCAAAGAGUAUUUAGGUACAGUAACAAAAAUAUGUUUGAAUUCUGAUUACGUUGCAGUUGGCUUUGAUGGAAAAGUUCAGUUACAAGUUAUAAAUGGAAAAGCAACAGAGAAUUCGACAGAAAAAGAAGGAAGAUUAUUUCCAGAUGAUGGCGAUAAAUCUAAAAUAACUUGCUUUAUUUUGACAAAUGACUUCUUUAUUUAUGGAAAUGAGUCUGGUCAUUUGAAGCAUUUUUAUAUUGAAGAUUGGAUGAAUGUCAAUGAGUAUAGCCAUGUUGUUGGAAUACAAAAAUUGUACCCUGAUUCAAGUGGGACCAAGCUUGUUUUUAUUGAUGAUAAAAACGAUGGAUUUGUUUAUUGUCCAGUGGUUGAUAGUGCUCACAACAUUCAGCAAUUUCCCCCUGGAGUAAAAUCUGUUUUGUGGGAUAAUUAUUAUGUUGAUAAGGGUAUAUUUUGUGGUUAUGACCAAGAAAAAAUUUAUUUGUUUGGCUACUCCAAAGAUAGCGUUUCUGGGUUUGAAUGCCAACUUGCACUUACAACUAAGCUGUUGUAUGGUUAUACUCCUGUUAUGUUACAUAAUGGAAAAUUGACAUGUCAAACUAAUAGUGGAAAGCUUCAAUAUAUAGAAUUAAUUCAGGAAUGUCCUCUUCCUGUUUCUACAAGUAAUAGUGAGAUGAAAUCAAUACUUAAAAAUUUAUUGGUAUUAAGAAGAUUUGAAGAUGCUUGGAGUGUUUGUGAACAAUUAAAUGAAGAAGAAAGUUGGAAGUUACUGGCUGAAGUUGCUGCCAAGCAACUAGAUAUUAAGUUAGCUAUACGUGUAAAUAGAAAGCUUAAGAAUGUUGCUAUGGUUUUAUCUUUGGAAAAGAUUAAGGACUUAGAAGACAAGAAUCUUUUGGGUGGUUAUGUGGCCAUGAUUUUAAAAGAUUUCAACCUUGCUCAGGAAUUGUUUUUAGCAUCUAGUUCUCCAGUUGCUGCUCUUGAGAUGCGACGUAGCUUACUUCAUUGGGAUCAGGCUUUAGAACUUGCUAAAGGUCUCGCUAUAGACCAAAUUCCUUUUAUUUCUAAAGAAUAUGCUCAGCAGUUGGAGUUCAUAGGUGAUUAUUCAAAUGCAUUAAUUAAUUAUGAGCGAGGUAUAUCUAAUGAAAUUGAGAAUAAAGAUCACAAUGAACUUUGCCAAGGAGGUAUAGCAAGAAUGACUAUUCGUCUAGGUGAUAUUAGGAGAGGUGUUUCCAUAGCAAUAAAGUCUUCCAACAAAGUAUUAAAAAAGGAAUGUGCUUCACUUCUAGAAAAUAUGAAACAAUUCUCAGAUUCUGCUGCUUUGUUUGAAAAAGCUGAAUGUUGGGAACGCGCUGCAGGAGUUUACAUCAAGAUGAAGCAGUGGAACAAAGUUGGAGAACUACUAAAAAAUAUAAAUUCUCCAAAGCUUUUACUUCAGUAUGCAAAAGCAAAGGAAUUGGACGGAAAGUAUAAAGAUGCUGCUGCUGCAUAUAAGAAAGCUAAAGAUUAUGAAAAUGUUAUUCGAAUUAACCUUGAACACUUGCAAAAUCCAGAGGAAGCUGUACUUAUUGUCAGAGAAACACAGUCUGUUGAAGGCGCAAAGAUGGUUGCAAAAUUUUUUCAAAAGCUUGGAGAUUUCGCAUCCGCUAUUCAAUUCCUUGUGAUGUCUCGAUGCAACGAUGAAGCAUUUACUCUCGCUCAGGAACAUGAUAAAAUGGAACAGUAUGCAGAAAUUAUAGGUGAUGCAGCAACAGCUGAAGACUAUAAUAAUAUGGCUGUUUAUUUUGAAAAUCAACGUGAAAGCUUGUUAGCUGGUAAAUUCUUCUCAAAAGCAAAUUUUUAUCAAAAAGCACUAAAUCAUUUGUUGCGGUGUCCUGUCACUGAGAGUGGUGAAUCAGUUAUAUUAGCUAUUGAAACUAUUAAGAAUGCAAAAGAUGAGAAGUUAACAUUAAAGCUUAUUGAUUUUUUAAUUGGAGAAGUUGAUGGUAUUCCUAAGGACUCACGUUAUUUAUUUCAACUUUAUAUGGCAUUAGAGCGAUAUCCUGAAGCUGCAAAAACAGCUGUGAUUAUAGCACAAAGUGACCAAGAAAUUGGAAAUUAUCGUAAUGCUCACGAUGUUUUAUUUAGUAUGUUCAAAGAGUUACGUGAUCGAAAGAUCAAAAUACCAAGUGAAAUGAAUCAAAAUCUAAUGCUGUUGCAUAGUUACAUUUUGUGUAAGAUUCAUAUAAAAAGGGGCGACCAUAUGAAAGGUGCACGCAUGCUCAUUAGGGUUGCAAAUAACAUAAGCAAAUUUCCUCAACAUGUUGUUCCUAUACUAACAUCAACAGUGAUUGAAUGUCAUCGAGCGGGAUUAAAAAAUCAUUCGUUCAGUUUUGCAUCAAUGCUCAUGAGAGCAGAAUACCGAUCAAGUAUUGACUUGAAAUAUAAAAAGAAAAUUGAAAUGAUAGUCAGAAAACCAGAUAAAACUGAAGAAGAUGAACCACUUGACCCUUGUCCGUUUUGCUCGUACCAAUUACCUCAAACUAGAUUGGACUGUCCGGAGUGUAAACAAAAUAUACCUUAUUGCAUUAUAACGGGUCGUCAUAUGGUAAAAGAAGAUUGGUGCGUUUGUCCAAAUUGCUCUUUUCCUGCCUUGUGUACAGAAUUUAAAAGCUUACUUAGUGGUGAUGAUACGAAAUGCCCUAUGUGCGCAGAGCACGUUAUGAUAAACAGUUUGAAAGCAGAUCCGACGUUGUAUCUCAAAGAUAAUUACGAUCCUACGUGGUGAUGUUAACGUGAGAAUGGUUAAUCACUGUUUACAUUCUUUUUAUAAUAUGAGGGCAAAAAAUAUUUUUUAAAUGUUUAUUGUGUCAAUAUUAAUCCCAUUGUACAUUUUUUAUCCAGCCAUAAUAAUUUAUCGAACAAAAGAUGUAAUUACUAUUACUAAUUUAUUGUAAAAAUUUUUAAAAAAAUAUUUUUUAUUACAGUCUAAAUAAUCCAAUUAACUUAA